ACCACCAAGUCAAUAUGGGCGUCAGCGAGUCAACACGGUGCAAUGCUUCCAAACAUCUUACAUCUCUGUUGCGGUCCUCAUGUUCCACAAAACACAGAGGCCAACAAUCAUAUUCAUUAUUCACCAACUUCUCACCAAAAACCUCAAAGGAUUUGUAGUUCAGAUAAAAACGACAUCCCACUACAUCAUCAUCACCAGUAGAUCUCUCUGUUUCGUUUUCUGGUCGAUUCCUAUAUGGGAUGUACUAAAAUCCCCAGAAGAUCAUGACCAAGUCCAAGAACUUCCUCAACAAUUUCAUCAAAACCUUCAGGUUCGGCUCAAGCAAAGAUGGCCAUAAUGAAGAGGACUUGGAGAAAAUUGCUCAACAGGAACAGAAGGUUUUCACUUUUGAGACUUUGGUGGCUGCUACCAAGGAUUUUCACCCCGAUAAUAAGCUCGGACAAGGCGGAUUUGGGCCGGUUUACAAGGGGAGAUUGCCUGAUGGUAGAGCUAUUGCAGUGAAGAAGCUGUCACAAAGUUCAAGUCAAGGAAAAAAAGAGUUCAUGAACGAAGCCAAGUUGUUGGCUCGCGUGCAACACCGCAAUGUUGUGAAUUUAUUGGGCUAUUGUGCUCAUGGGGGAGAGAAACUACUUGUAUAUGAAUAUGUCGUACAUGAGAGCGUUGACAAGCUUCUCUUCAAACCGGAUAGACGACAGGAGCUUGACUGGAAGCGGAGGUAUGAUAUAAUAUGUGGCGUUGCAAAAGGUUUGCUUUAUCUUCAUGAAGACUCGCACAAUCGUAUUAUACACAGAGACAUCAAGGCCAGCAACAUUCUGCUUGAUGAUAAAUGGGUCCCCAAGAUUGCUGAUUUUGGCAUGGCUCGUCUCUUUCCUGAAGAUCAAACGCACGUUAAUACGCGUGUUGCUGGGACCAAUGGGUAUAUGGCUCCAGAGUAUGUCAUGCAUGGACAUUUAUCGGAGAAGGCCGAUGUAUUUAGCUUUGGUGUGUUGGUUUUGGAGCUUAUCAGCGGCCAAAGGAAUUCGUCAUUCAACUUAAAUGUUGAAGCGCAGAGCCUUCUUGAUUGGGCAUACAAGCUGUACAAGAAGGGGAGAAGCUUGGAGAUGAUGGACCCAACAUUAGCACCAUCCGCGGUCACUGAUCAAGUAGCAAUGUGUAUCCAGAUAGGGUUAUUAUGCAUACAAGGCGACCCCCAGAUCAGACCCACCAUGCAUCGCGUGGUCGUGAUCCUAUCAAAGAAACCGAGCAAUCUUGAAGAGCCAACUAGACCUGGAAUACCAGGAUCAAGAUACAGAAGAUCUCACAGACCAGCUGGUUCAUCUUCCACUGCUGGGACUUCUGGUGAAUCAAAUUCUCAUACAUUCGGAUCGAGCUUUACCGCAACUGGAACCAGUUCGGCAACCCAAGUUGUACAAGACCGGGGGAAACGUCCUAUGGAGAGUUAGUUGUAGUAUUAUAGGAGGUUUUGUUUAUUCUUUUUCAUUGUAGAAAUGUAUAAUUCUUGUAAUAUUAUUGUGUAAAAAGUUGAAAUGUGAAAUGAAUUACAGAGAGACAACAUACUUCACAGAGAAA